GAGUACUGUGCCAUAGCGUGGGGCAAUAUCAUGCUAUUUGACUAUAAAAGCCAGUCAAGGAGCGACAAGUUCAGUAUAUAUCUGUGGCCAAUGCCAAAAAAUAUUGAUGACCUCCAGAAUCCACUUGGAAUCUGUGGUUCGAAUCCGAACAAAGACUCUCCCUGUCUUGAGCUGGAGUUUGAUCGCUACAUUCAUCCGGUUGUGUUCCCGAACGAUGCUCAAAUCGAACAGUAUGCAAAUUUCCUAAACGGGAUUGACCCUAACUCUGCCCAUGCGCGUGGAUCAACUGUGGCUCCGGCAAGUAAGCUGACGACAGAGGUUUGCGAUGAGGACCUCGAGCAACUUCGAGAGAUCGUCAAGCGAGACCCUCUUUCGGAGACGUCCGAACAGGAGAAGGAACUCCUGUGGCGGCUGCGGCACGAGUGCAAGGAGAUGCCCGACUCGUUGCCACGGUUACUCGAUGUCGUCCGUUGGAACUGCAGGGAUGACGUCUCGCAUCUAUACACACUGCUGAAGGAUUGGCCGACAGUGUCGCCCGAGACUGCACUUGAGCUGCUGGACUGCACAUAUCCUGAUCUGCGUGUGAGGGAAUUUGCCGUGUCCUGUCUCGGAGAGAAUCUCAGUGAUGACCAGUUGUCACAGUACCUGCUGCAGCUGGUGCAGGUAAUGAAAUACGAGCUCUAUGUAAAUAAUGCACUGUCCAAGUUUCUACUGAAAAAAGCAUUAAUAAAUACACGCAUCGGACACUUCUUCUUCUGGCAUAUAAAAGCCGAAAUGCAGCAUUUUUCGAGCACACACCUGCGAUUCGGCUUGCUGCUGGAAGCUUACUGCCGAGGCUGUGGCGCCUAUCUGAAGGAGCUCAACAAACAGGUAGAGGCUCUGGAGAAACUCACAAAACUUUCCCACUCACUCAAGGAACGAAAGGAAGACAGUCAAAAGGCAAUCAAGUACAUGCUGGAACAGGUUGGCCAAGCUGACUAUCUAGAGGCACUAAAAGACUUCUCAUCACCUAUAGACAACAGCUUCACCCUCGGAGAGCUGAUCAUCGAGGAGUGUAAGAUUCUUGGGUCAGCGAAGCGUCCUCUGUGGCUGGUUUGGAAAAACAAGGACUCGAUGGCUGACAAGCUGCAUCCGACAAACUCGAUCAUCUUCAAGAGUGGCGAUGACCUUCGACAGGACAUGUUGACCUUGCAGGUCAUUCGCAUCAUGGACGACAUAUGGAAGAACGAGGGUUACGACCUCAGGAUGAUGCCCUAUUGUUGCCUAGCAACGGGAAAGGAGGUGGGAAUGAUCCAGGUUGUACAGAAUGCGGAGACAGUGUUCCAUAUCCAGAAGGGUGGUGGCAAGAAGGCCGCCUUUCAGGUGGACAGCUCCCAACUGCAUCGCUGGAUCAAGGAGAAGUCCCGCCUCAAGGCAGUUGGCCAGCAUGCAGAGGAGAAGGCUUACGAGUCGGCUAUUGAGACGUUCACACUUUCCUGCGCGGGCUAUUGUGUCGCCACCUUUGUUCUCGGCAUUGGAGACAGGCAUCCGGACAACAUCAUGGUGAACGAGGAGGGGCAAAUUUUCCACAUAGACUUUGGCCACUUUCUGCACCACAUCAAGAAGAAAUAUGGCAUUAAGCGUGAGCGUGUGCCGUUUGUACUCACUGAGGACUUCAUGAGAGUGAUCGCAAAGGAUGCUGAUUACCCAACGAAAACGAAGGAAUUUGAAAAGUUUAACGAGUUGUGCGGCAAGGCGUACCUGUGCCUGCGGCGGCACGCCAACCUCUUCAUCACGCUCUUCACGAUGAUGCUGAACGCGGGAAUUCCUGAGCUGCAGUCGUUCGACGAUGUCGAGUAUCUUCGUAAGACCCUCGCCGUCGAGAAGAAAGAGCAGCAGGCUAUCGAGUACUUCCAGGCACAGUUUCACGAGGCGUACGGCGGCGCGUGGACCACCAAGCUAGACUGGUUCUUUCACGGUGUUAAACACAUGUAGGGAGCGAGAGAGUGGUGAGAGAGAAAGCGAGAGAGUGGUGAGGGAGAAAGCGAGAGAGUGGUGAGGGAG